UUUCAGGAAAUAUUCAUCUAAAUCAUGUUUGAAAACAAGAGAAACAGAUGUAACACUUAGAACAAAUUCCAUUACAAAACAUCGUCACCAAAACGUGAUCGCCCAAUGUUAAAAACGUACUGUGUUUGGCCGGGACAUCACUAGAUGGUGGUAGUGAGCAAAUAUCAAACAGGAGUAAAAACGAGGCCAGCGCCACGCGGUUAAUUGACCACCUACCGAAUAUUUCAAUCAACCGUUAAAAAGGUGAUCGAUGGGAAACGAUGAAACGAUGGCGUCUGUUACUCUGUGUCCUAACAAUGGGCCGGUCUCAAUGAGAACGACGCAGAUCUUUCAUUGGUCAGGUUCUAGAAGCAGUCGAUCCGCAAAAGAAGCAAGAUUCAACAGCAAUUCUAUUGGCAAGGUUAAAUCUCAGAAAAAUGCAAACUUCGCCUGCCCACCUUUCGCUUUUUGAAGUUCCAUUGUGGCUAAAAGCGGCAAACAUUCGGGUAUUUGAGGUUGACGGGUUCGAUUCCCGGUCGAUCUAGGAUCGUUUCGUAAUGUAAUUUCCUUGACUUCCAUAGAGUAUCGUCGAGCUUGACAUCCGGUCUUAGAAUGUUUAACAGCCAUUCAUCAAAAACAGCUCUGACUGUUCAUAAACUAAUCUGGUUUGCCUGCGUUGUUCCAGUUGGGAGGUAACGCUUAGAAAAAGAAGACUCUUCACCAUGCACCCGCGCAACCAGCCGACGAUCUUGGGAAUUGAAUAUUCAUGAUCGUUUGGGAGCGACUGCUGCUGUGGGAAACGAGGCCUUUCUUUGUGAGGUAUGGAUCAGCAUUCAGCAGCUUGCAUUUGUGUGGGCCAUGAAAUUCCUAGUUUUGAGUUUUAAAUUUUGCACGACUACGUUGCCCGUUUGGGUAGGUCGCUGACUGAUCAAGGUGUUAUGGUUUUUGGUGUUGGAUAAGUUUCUAUUUUUAGAAUAGAUAUGUAUCUUAUCUAUUGCGAAUUUUGUGAAUAACAUCUUGUUGUGGUCAGAGUAGCCAGAGACCCUAAACAUUCUGUAAUAUGUCCUUGAUUGAACUGAUGAUGAUUAUCAAUAAGUUGUUAUCUCAUCACCAGCAUCUUUGCGGUGAGUUAACAUAAAGAAAUAUCAAUUGAGAUAGGUUAUGUGUUUGCCUAGUCACCCUACUUUGCCACGUUUUGCCAAAUCAUCCGUGACAUCGAUCAUUUUACUUGAUUGUUGUGCUUCUUUUCUACUUCUGCUAGUUUUUUUUUCUAGCAGUGAAUUUAUGAUGAUCACAGAUAAACAGACGUAGCAAUUGGAACAAAUUGAGCUGAAAAUAUCGUUACAAAGACAUAACCACCAUAAUGCUAAUCACGCUUUGUUUCGCAAAGCGCUCACUACGUGGCGAUAGUGAGCAAACGUCAAACAGUAACCGUAACGAUGUGAGCGCCGUGAGUACGCAAUUCGUGAACUACAGAAUAUGUAAACCAACAACCCUUAAAAGAUGGACGAAAGCAUAUGAGAAGUGUGAGACGUCUGUUUGUCCCUACUUUGAUUCAUAACGAAGCUGUUCACGUCUGACGAAUUGGCGCGGAACCCUAGCUAGCCAAUUUCGUGCUUGAUUUUUGCCAAAUUUACUGCAAUCAUCAAACCCUUCGAUAUCUGCGAAACCAAUCAUCGACGAGACGCAACAAGUGUUAAGAGUGCUGCCACGGUGAGUGAUCGGUGAUCGAUUUGACGGAUUUAACAGCUCAAUCCCAAACAAUUACCGUGAACACGAGUGAUGAAGAUUGAUCUUUGUUUACCAACAAAGUCGGUGGCGGGCAACAGUGGCGAACGACAGAUCGCAAGAGGAAGCAGCUUACCUGAAACAAAAGAAAAACGAAGAGAAGGAAAAUAUUAAAACUUUAAUUCACGGUCUAUGCGAGUGGCGGAUUUUGCGAGGGCUGUACAGACGUUUUCAAGGGUACUUGGGUAACAGCUUAAAAACUAGAGCAACCUAAUGUUACAAUUUACCUCUGUGUGCAAAUCCACUGGCCAAAACAGUAAAGAGUCCAUUCAAUUACGCGAAUUGCACUUAAGUUACUCUGAAUUAAAUUUACGCUUGAAAAGUUUCGUUUCGACGAUAUAAUCAGAGGUGAAUGACAACAAUCUUUAGACGCUGUAUUAAGUCCACGUGACGUCAGGGCACGGUCAAACCAAUGAUAAUUGUAGGUUAUUUUUUGCACGAUUUGCUUGACUGAACAGAAAAUGAACUGAGAACAUUGUCGGAGUCUUCCAAUGUGGUUCACCGUUCGAUGGUUCCUGAGUGACUUGUGCUUCUACAUAAGCCGUGAUGUCCGUAGACUCCCCUACAAAUUAUCAUCGCACCAAUUAGGUCGUUUGCACCAUUAACACCUUCAAUAUUGUAAGAUCGCUUUCUUCAAACGGUAAAACACCACGCAAAUCUUCGCGGUAAACAUAGUCACGAGACGUCGCCAAUACCGGUUUUGAUCGCGGCGACUAAAUCAGCAAAUAUUACCUUUUCCGGGUUUCUCUUGCAUCCAGCCAUCAUCCAGUCCAUCGUUCUGCGGAAGCGAAAACCUGUCCGAUGGUUGCUAAAUUUACCCCAAAAUUUCGCAUUCACCGUCACCGAUUGGGGGAUCGCUCCACUGAACUUGCUUCUUGAGUCAUUCGGUGUUCGUAUCUGCUACUAAGAAGUUCGUUCUGAAGUGUGGCUCUCGCGGAUUAAGCUUGAUAAUUAGCUCAAGAGCUGGUGAUUGUUCUUUGUUUCUGGGGGCUGCCAAUCUGGAUGCGUAUAGGAUCUAACAUGUCGAAACAGUGUGACAUUUUUUGAACUGAAGAAACGCUUCGCAAGUGUUGAGAAGAAAGAUGCUUCGUCACGGUCCACUGCGGAUGCUGGUGGUGUUGAUAAGCAUAUCGUUGACGGUUGUCGUAGUCGAAGGUAGCAGAAGUUACGAUCUGGAGACCCACGGUCAGUUUCCAACGCUAUUUGAAUACGAAGAUUUCGAAAGCUGUCGUAAGACGUAUCGUGAGCAAUACGUUUACUGUAUAGUGCGCGCGAGGAUUAUUCCGGACGAUGAUUCACAGCUGUGGCGAAAUGUCAGCAUUUUUUCCGAGGACAGCUUCCACUAUGAUCAUCGAGUAUUGGAACGAGGAGUGUGUGUACAAAAUUGCUAUGUUCGUGUCGACAAAGCUGCUGCCGGAAACAAUCAAUUGAGUCAGUUGAGAGCAUGCAUCAACCAACGGCUGCAGGAGAAUUCCGAUCUACAGAUAGACCCAAAUGUUCAAAUCUACCACUGCUACAACAAAGCCAACGAUAGUCCGCCAUAUGGUAAUUUUUCAGUUAUUAUUAGCUCUAGGAAACGUUUGAAUAUUAAUUUCAAUGCUCUAUUGGCACAGCUAGGUGAUUUUUAUGAAUAAGGGGACUCGAACAUUGAAACCGUGGAUGGAAAAUUUUGUAGCCAUAAAACAUUUGGCACGCUUUAGAGAUUUUGCAUAGAUAGCAUACAUUUUCAAUAAAAGAAGUUCG